AUGGGACCUCUUCCCCCUUCUAGUGGGAAUCGGUACAUCCUCGUGGCGAUCGACUACGUUUCGAAGUGGGUUGAAGCUCAAGAUUUGCCUACAAAAGAUGCCCGAGUGGUGGUGAGAUUCCUAAAGAAGUUGUUCACUCGUUUCGGUAUUCCUAAAGCCCUCAUUGGCGACCGAGGGACACAUUUUUGUAAUGCCAUAAUGGAAAAGGCAUUGGAGCGAUAUGGAGUUACUCACUGUUUGUCUACCGCGUACCAUCCACAAACAAACGGUCAAGUUGAGAAUGUGAAUACGGGAGUGAAGAGGAUAUUAGAGAAAACAGUAGGAAAGAGUCGUAAGGAUUGGUUGGAUAAACUCGAUGAUGCUUUGUGGGCAUUUCGUACCGCCUACAAAACACUCUUAGGUACUACACCGUUCAUGAUAGUCUAUGGCAAAGCUUGCCAUCUUCCGGUAGGAUUGGAGCACCGAGCGCUUUGGGCUCUUAAAACCGUGAACUUAGAUCUUUCUCAUGCGGCUAGGAAGAGGUUUUUCCAAAUCCAUGAGUUAGAAGCCCUUAGAGAUUCGGCGCAUGAGCGUUCUUGGAGUAUCAAAGAGAAAACGAAGGCGUUGCAUGAUAGGAGGCUUAAGGGGUUGAAGGAGUUUAAAGUCGGAAUUCAUCACCGUCAAGGAGCAAGAAUCAACGAGAAAAUCGAGUUUCAGGCUGGCGAACGUGGCGAGUGUGUUGGCGUGGUCGAUGAAGAGAACAUGGAGAGGAGGUACUGGAGCUAG